CAUCUCCACAUCCACUCCAUCCAAAACCGACAAUGCCACCGGCCCUUGCAAUCUCGCUGCUGUCCCUCCUGAUCCUAGUGGCCCCCACCUCAGCCCGCCACAUCAUCACCAUCCAAUCCCCCAACCUCUUCCCCGAGAGCUUCAAGUGGGACCCAUCCUCCCACCGCUUCAUCCUUGCCUCCACGCGCCACGCCUCCAUCCAUUCCGUCUCCGACUCUGGCCUCAUCCAGCCGUUCAUCUCCGACCCCGACCUCCCCCCCAACGUCACCAUUCUCGGCAUCACGAUCGACACCGUCCAUCGCCGUCUCCUCGCCGCGAUCCACGCCGUCGAACCCUUCCCCCCAUUCGACGCUCUAGCCGCCUACGAUCUCAGCCGUCCACCCCACCACCCCCGUAUCUUCCUCACUCCUCUCCCCGACCCCACCAACCCCGACCGUCCGAUUGCCAACGACGUUGCUGUCGACCCCUCCGGCAACGCCUACGUCACCAACUCCGCCAGCAACUUCAUCUGGAAGGUCGACAUCGACGGCCGAGAUUCGAUCUUCUCCAACUCGUCCAUCUUCCGAGAUCAGCACGUGUACGCAGAUAAGCCCGGCAACUGGUGCGGCCUCAACGGCAUCACCUACGUCAGCGGAGGCUACUUCCUGGCCGUCCAAUCCAACACCGGAAAAAUGUACAAGAUCAACGGCGAGGAUGGCGCGGCCCAGCUGCUCCGCCUGCCAAAGGAUCUGACGGGGGCGGACGGGAUCGCGAUCAUGAGCGACAGAUCCGCGGUGGUGGUGGCCCACCACACGGCGUGGUUCCUGAAGAGCAAGGACGGGUGGGGAGAGGCGGAGGUUUAUGACGAAAUUGCCCUUGAUGUUGAGAAGUUCCCAACUGCAGUGACGGUGAGGGAGGGGGAAAAGGCAUAUGUGUUAUAUGGGCAUAUGGACGAGGGCAUGUUGGGAAAUGUGGAGAGGAUGGAGUUUAGCAUCGAGGAGAUCGAUUCGGGGGGAGAGAGAGGAGACAAGGUUUGGGUUUUUGUGUUGAUUGGUCUGGGAUUGGCUUAUUUCAUGUUUUGGAGAUAUCAGAUGGGGCAGCUUGUUAAAAACAUGAAUAAAAAGAGGGCCUGAACUAUCAAAAAUAUGGGGCUUGUUCUUUGUUUUUGUUGA